UUCUUCAAUUUCUCUAAUUCUCAAUGCAUUAAUUCUUAAUUCUGUGUUUGUGAAUUCAUCUCUUGAUUGCAAGAAUGCUGUCAUUGUUCUCAUUCUCACUCUCACGAAUCAUGUUAAGGUACUCUCCUUAUUCUGUUCCCCACUCCGCUUUCCGUCUUUGCUUCCCUUCAACUUCAUUCCUACACUCUCACUCUCACUCUCAGUCCCAAUCACGUGAUAAAUAUGUUGAUAUCUUCACUCGCUUGCUCUCUAUGCGUCCUCCUCCAUCCAUCAACUCCUUUAACAUGAUUUUGGGGGUUCUUGCGAAGAGGAACGAUUUCCCCACCGCCCUACCCCAUGUUCAGCUGUUGGAAGCCCGGGGAUUUCAGUUUAAUGAAGUCACUUAUGUGACCUUGAUUCAGGGACUCUGUAAGACCAGACACACAUCAGCUGCUGUUCAAGUGUUGAGAAAGAUCCCAAUGCAUGGGAUUGUUCCUAAUGUCGUCAUGUACAGCGCAAUUAUUGAUAGCCUCUGCAAGGAAGGACUUGUGAAUCUUGCUUUUCGUUUCUUCUCUGAAAUGCUUGCUAAGGGAAUUUCUCCUGAUGUUCAAAGUUACAAUAUCAUGAUUCAUGGCUUCUGCAAAAGUAAAAUGCUCGAUAAAGCUUUGAUUCUCUUUGAAGAAAUGCUUCGUAAGUACUUGGUUCCAAACACGGUAACUUACACCAUUCUUAUUGAUAGCUUGUGCAAAUCAAAGAGAAUCUCUUGUGCUUUAGAGCUUUUUGACAAGAUGCAUGAUAGAGGUCAAACCGCUAAUAUAGUCACUUACAAUUCCUUGUUGAAUGGGAUGUUCAAAAACAAACAACUUGACAAGGCACUUAUGUUAUUCAAUCAAAUGAAAAAGAGUGGCAUUGAUCCAAAUAUAAACACAUACAGAGUACUUAUUGAUGGCCUAUACAAUGCAAAAGAGAUUUUUCAAGAUUUUUGCGUUAUAGGCUGUCCUACAAAUAUGAGGGCAUACAAUAUUAAGAUCGAUGGGCUCUGCAAAAAGGGCUUAUUUGAAGAAGCAUUGACCCAGCUGUCGGAAAUGGAACACAAUGGUUGCUUACCAAAUGCUGUGACUUUUGUAACUGUUAUUCAUGCUUUGUUUGAAAGAGAUGAGAAUGACAUGGCGGAGAAACUUCUUCGGGAAAUGAUUGCUAGAGGCUUAUUGAAUUUUUAAAAGAAGGGAGCAGGUGGCAGAUUCCCGUUAGUCCUCCGUUGCAGAUAACCCCGCCAAGUAUCUACAGGUACAGCAGCCUAUUUAACAAUGGUAU